CCCCUUUCCGCUGCGUUAACCGUUUCUCUCUUUCUUUCAUCACUCUCCUCUCUGUCUCUCUCUCUCUCUCUCUCUCUCUCUCUCUCGCUUUCAUCUGCCGGUCGGUCAUCUCGAAGCAGAUUUUGGCCCUUCCCCUGUCCAUUCGCACCCCGACGGAUCCAUUCCCGGAUCGCCUCCGAUCGCACUUCCCGACACCGGUCCAGCGGAGACUCGAGCUCCAAUGUUCGUUAGAAAGCUCGUCGAGAAGGCAGCUGCGGCUUCUACGAAGAAGCCCGGUGGAAAUGUAGAAGGAUUAAAAGCGGUUGAGGUGGACCCUGUUAUGGUUUUUCAUUACGGGGUCCCAUCAGGAUGCACUAAAUUUGCCUGCGAUACGAGUCAAGGGAUACUCGCGGUUUCCACAAAGGAUGGUAGGAUCAAGUUAUUCGGACCUGACAGCUCUCAAGCUAUGCUCCAGUCCGACGGGGCAGGACCGAGCAAGUAUUUACAGUUCAUCGAGAACCAAGGGGUUCUGCUAAAUGUAACUCUCAGGAAUCGGAUCGAGGCUUGGGACUUAGAGAACAAGAUCCUGUCGCACAUAUAUGAAUUUGAACGAGAGAUAACAGCUUUUGAAGUCUUGCAAAGAAGCCUGUACAUAUAUGUUGGAGAUUCUGCUGGCAAUAUUUCGGUUUUGAAGUUUGAUCAGGACACGAGUCAUUUGAUCCAAAUGAAAUAUACCAUACCUUUUGCCAUAUCCCACGGGGAUCAAAAUCAUUUGUCACCUGAUAGUUCUGUUGUACGGAUGCUGCCACAACCAACGGCCGAGAGUAAGAGGGUCCUGAUAAUAUACAAAGAUGGUCUUAUAACAUUGUGGGACAUACAUCAGAGCAAGCCGAUCUUCUCAACCAGUGGGAACAACCUGCAAACUCUACAUAGUGAAAGAAAGCAAGCGACUUCUGCAUGCUGGGCUUGCCCGCUCGGAAGUAAAGUCGUUAUCGGGUAUAACACAGGAGAUAUCUUAUUCUGGAGCAUACCGGGAAGAACUGAAUUAGCAUUGGAGAGAGGUUCUCAAGCGGGCCCCAUUUGUAAGCUUAACAUCGGGUAUAAGUUAGAUAAGAUUCCUGUAUCUUCCAUAAAGUGGGUUCAUGGAGAUGGAAGGACAAGUCGGCUCUACAUAAUGGGUGCUUCUGAUGUCGUUUCUACUAUCUUGAUGCAGGUGGUCUUACUGAAUGAUCACAUCGAGUCUCGAACAAUCAAGUUGGGGCUUCAACUGCCUGAACCGUGCAUAGAUAUGGAGAUUUUCUCGAGCACCAGUGAGCACAACAAGCACAACCAAAACUUAUUGCUAACCCUUGGAAAGUCGGGACGAGUGUUUGCUUAUGAUGACUCUGCCAUUGAGAAGUAUCUCCUUCAGAGCCAGUCCAAGUCUUCUCCCUCACUUCCAAGGGAAGUCACCAUUAAGUUGCCAUCUGCUGAUUCGACCAUCAGCAUUUCGAAACUUAUUAUGAAUAGUGAUGAAGCAUGGACUCUCAAUGAUGAGCUUGCUCAACAGGCAAAACAUAUUCCAUCACUGUUUGCCUUGGAGAAAAAUGCUAAAGAGGGGACAAGGUCGAAUUUCAGGGGAUUUUCCAAGGUUAAAUAUUUAUACAUAACAGGACAUAGCAAUGGAUGUGUUAAUUUUUGGGAUGGAGCAUGUCCUUUUUUCCCGAUCUUGUCGCUAGAACAGCAGAGCGAGGGUGACUUUUCUCUGAGUGGGGUCACAGUUACGGCUUUGUGCUUUGAUAGCAAUUCUCGAAUCCUUGUUUCCGGAGAUAAGUGUGGAACGGUUCGCAUCUUUAAAUUCAAAACCGAGGCAUAUAACUCAGGUAGCACGAAGAAGGGAAACAAUCACCUUAUCGAUAGCGUUAAAGUCCACCAGCUUAAUGGAACUAUACUAUCUAUAAACAUCAGCAACAACUCGGGACACAUUGCUGUUGGUUCUGAUCAAGGAUAUGUAUCACUGAUUGAAGUUGAAGGGCUUAGAGUAUUAUGCACUGAAAGCAUUCAAAGCGGAAUUUCUUCUGGGAUAAUCGCUCUACAGUUUGCUAGCUGCUCUUUGCAUGGGUUUGAGAAGAACAUGAUGGUCGUUGCAACGAGGGACUCCUCGGUUUUGGCUCUGGACAGUGACACCGGGAAAACACUCAGCAGUGGCAUGGUUAAUCCAAAAAAGCCUUCCAAGGCCUUAUUCAUGGAAGUUUUCAUGGAUGGGUGCACAAUAUCUUCGGGACGGACAGCAAUGAAUUGCUCAAAUCCAGAGCAGGGCUUAGUGUUGCUAUGCUCUGAGAAAGCAGUUUACCUGUACUCCUUAAACCAAGUGGUUCAGGGUGUAAAGAAGGUAAUCUACAAGAAGAAGUUCCACUCAGUCUCUUGCUGUUGGGCAUCGACAUUCUAUGGACCCGCACCAGGCCUUGUACUUCUCUUCACUUGCGGGAAGAUUGAGAUAAGGUCCUUACCGGAGCUGUCCUUGCUUAAGGAAGCGUCCAUAAGAGGGUUUACGUAUUCGGAAAGUUCCAUAUGCUCCUCACAGGACGGACAGAUCCUCAUGGUGACCGGAGAUCAAGAGCUCUAUCUUUUCUCAAUUCUUCAGCAGAAGAACUUGUGCCGGCUUUUCGAAUCCAUUGGCCAAGUAUACUUGAAGAAUCUGAAUUAUCAAGGAAGGGCAGAACCGUUGUCUAUUGUCCCUAAAGAGAAGAAGAAGGGCUUAUUUAGCUCUGUCUUUGGAGAAACAAAAUCCGGUAAAGAAAAGCAAGCCUUGGAUCUGGAAAGAGAAGAUCCUCAGGAAAGCUUCGAAGGACUUCCUGCGGUCUUCUCGACCGAGAAAUUUCCUUGUGAGGCUCGGGAUGGAGCUAAUCAGGCCAUAGAUAAUGACACUAGACGCAAUCUUCAUGGGGAAGAAGAUGAUACUGACUUAAACAUUGAUGAUAUUGACCUUGAAGAUUUCGAAGAGAAACCAAGAGGGCAAAAUAUGUUUGCAGGCCUUAACAAGAAGAACCUGUCCAGCAAAUUUCUGACAUUUAAAGGUAAACUGAAGACUGCGAAGGCCAAGAAUGAUAAGAACGGUAUAAAGGAGGAGCAGCAGGAUGAGAAGGUCGGAGCUGUUGAUCAAAUCAAGAAAAAAUAUGGAUUUGCAACUUCCAGUGUAAGAAUCGACUACUUCUGCCAAAAUGGCAGAAAACAAGCUGCAAGAGCAUCUGAAUAAGUUACAGGGAAUAAGCCUGAAAGCGACACAGAUGCAAGACACAGCAAUGUCAUUCUCAGCCAUGGCAAAGGAGUUGCUGAAAACUGCAGAGCAGGAUAAGAGAAGCUUGUGAGAUAUAAUUAAAUGAUUGAUCAUAUGAUGGUUGCUAGCAAGUUUGAAUUAGUUUGUUGCCUUUAUUAAUUAAUUUCUUGUGUGUGUAUAAAUUGACAUUCGCGUAUAUAUAUGAGUACAAAAAUGGCUUGCAGGGUUUUCUGGGUUACUAAAAAUUGUUCCCGAGCACCUAUUUUAUCUUUUAUUUAUUUAUUUUUCAUUAA